AUGCUUCUUAUUGGGAAUGACGAGGCCACCAGCAAACUUUUCCGUUCAAAAACAAUCACGAAAAUAGAAGGAUGGCUCGACAAUCAAGUCAAUGCAGAGCAAUUUCGACCUGAAUUCUUCGAAUUGUUGAAAGAAAUUGAAAAAUAUCUAAAUAAUUGUUAUUCAAGGAACCCGACGUUGCCAAAAACACAGAUUAGAGUGACCGACUACACAAGUACAGGCAAAAGUUCGUUGGUAAAUCGUCCCAUUGGUGUACAAUAUUUGAAUGAUGAUGAUGGUGCAGCACCAGUACGUACUAUUAAAAGUACGCAUUGUCCUAUGCAAUUCGAUCGAAGAGAGCCUUUUAUUUCAUCGACUCCAGGCAUAGAAAUACCCGUUACACUUGUCAACACUCAUGUUUUCGAUAAAGAUCGAGCAAUAGUCAACGAUAGAGUGAAAGCAGGAAAUUAUCUAGAUGAUAUUUGA